GCAAAAACUAGUGAUAAUUGGAAAGACCGAUGUCGCAACAAUUGAUGCAGAAGAAAUUUCCGAUUCAGACAACACUGGUGCUGAACUGAAUGAUACAGAAAUUGAGAACCUCAAUCAGGUACUGUGGUACCCUUUAUGUAUAGAAGUAUUGCGGAACGCGGCGAAGCCUAUAUAA